AUGGAAUCAGAAGACGGCCAAUUAUUCAUCAAGCGGAUCGCGCACUUCGUACGGACGCACGAAAAAGCGCUCGCAAAUGCGAUCCAAGCCCAGCAGCGAUGGCAGCCCGUGAGGCGCGGCAGCGAUAUCCCAGGUUCGCCCAGGACGCCGGUGGGCACCGCUCGGGAGCCCAGUUCCGGGUCCGCCGCGAGCAGUCUUGCAUCCGCGCUCACUCUUCCCUUCACCUCGCAGUCCUUGAAGCUGGCCAAGCUGUCUUUGACUCCGCACCAUCUCUACUACCUGCUCAGCCGAUUCGAGGAACUUAAUAUCGCAGUGGGCCCCAUGGGUGUUCGCCUGGAGAACAUCCACGCCGAGGCCUCGCCCGCCAAUUAUGUCUCGUUCUUGCGCGACUCAUCCACUCGAAGAAAUAGAUCUUCGGAUAGCCUCUCGAUCCACUCGGUUUCUAGCGUUAGGAGCGUCAUGUCUGGCAUGUCUAGCAUCUGGUCCAACUUCGGCUUCGGCCCCUCGAUCGCGACACGCAACGAAAAGGCCAAGGCUGCGCUCGAGGCGGACCUCAAGUACUUGUACUCGUCGUUCACCAAGGUGCCUUGCCUGAGACUGGCACCUGACCGCAAGGCACGCCUCGUCGAGGGCUUCGAGGAGUUCCCAUUCGACACCGCGGUACCGCUAUUGGCUUUCAAGAACGUCAGCACUUUGGAGAUUUGCGAUAUCGACAUCAGACAAUUCUUUGGCUGGGAUCGGAUGGCGGAGCAGCUCCGGAGUCUGGUGGUCAAGAGGGCCGGUAUCGAGGACCCGGCAGAGUUGUUGAUUUCCAUCGUGCUCGACGACAUGGACCGUCGUCGUCGGAGGUCCGCCAAAACCCAGUCGUCUCCCAUCAUUUCGUACGGAUCAUCGACUCCCGGGAACUCCUCCACUGAUGUUGGCACCUCUUCGUCCGGUCCUCCGUCGCCUUCGUCGCAACCAGCGGUCGUCGGCGCCCACGCUGCGAGUGCUCCCGUCGGACACUAUCACAAUAUGUCCCGAGGGCCUUCGGAAUCUUCGCGCUCCAGCUCCAAGAACCGCCCGCGCAGCAGCUCGCCAUCCAAAUCUUCGACCCGGCCUACAUCCCACCGCAUGCGAAGAUCGGGUUCCGGCAGCAGCCAUUCCUCGGCCGCUUCCACCGUCCUACCGUCGCCCAUCAGCCUACCACCCGCCAAAUGGAGGAUGCUCCGGCAUCUGUCGCUGUCCGAUAACGGACUUCAUUCCAUCACGUCCGUCGCAUUGGUACCACUCGCGGGAUCUUUGACGUCGCUCGACCUAUCCAAUAACCUAUUCACUGCAAUCCCGGAAAGCCUCUCCAUCCUGCACAACCUCCGCGCAUUGAAUCUGUCGGGCAAUAUGAUCGAUUCUCUGCAUUCCUUGACCCGCAACCCGUUGCCCGCCAUCACCUCCCUCAACCUUCGGGCCAACCGACUGUCGUCGAUCGCUGGUAUCGAACGGGCUUUGACCCUGGAACGCCUCGAUCUGCGACAGAACAAGCUCACCGACCCUACCGAGCUUGCACGGCUGACGUCGGCACCGAACUUCACCGCCGUGUGGGUCGCCGACAACCCCUUCACCAGGACCCAUUCUUCGUCCUACAGGAUCACGAUCUUCAACUUGUUUAGGAACACCCCGGGUUACACGGACGACGUUCUGUUGGAUUCGCAAGGCCCUGGCAUGAUGGAGAAGCGGAGUCUGAUCGAGAGAGUGGCCGAGGCACCUAGUGUCCCCGUCGUCAAAGUCCCCAAGCAGCAGCCCGUCACAGUACAUCAAGUCACGUCUCUAGAUUCCAAUAAGAAGAAGGACAACAGAACCGACGAGAAGUCGAUACCCUCCGCCGAAGUUGCACGGGCAAAACGGAAGACGGGCAGACGGAGAGUAGUCGAGCUUAGCCGCGAAGACAGUAAUAAUCUCAACAGCGAUGGGGCGGACGCACAAUCCGUACGCACACUAGUCCGGUCACCAAUCAACCCCACCGUUCGCACACAACCCCUCUCGACCAAGAAGCAGUACCGCAUGGAUAUCGAAGCGGCCGCGCAAGAGGACGCAUCUUCCGGCGCGGAAUCGUCGCCACCGCCGUCGCUACCAAACGACAACGUUGACUGGUCGAUCCGCGGAGACGAGUACCGACGUAAAGUCGAGGCUCUCAAGAGCGAGGUUGGCAGUGGGUGGCUUAGUGUUCUCAGCGAGGAGGGAUUGUCGUUAGCAUCGACAAGAAAGACCUCGCCUUCGGAUCCUCCACGGUAG